GCUCUCGCCUCAAUGAAAUGCGCUGGGCAAGACAGAACGGGCAGCGAAAUGGAAGUCAGCACGAAACGAAGGUUCAGAAGGUCCAGCAUGGUGCCGAACACUCCCUGCGGAGGACUCGCCCUCGGCCAAAAGGUCCACGACCGAUUUAUAGAGGACAGAGGCGUGUCUGAUCACCACUGCACGAAUCGACCUAGCGCGACACCGACUCACGACUCGUUAUGAUUUUGCAUCACUUCAUAUCUGCCCUGGCGGCCGUCUUUAUUUCAUUCGCCAAGACUGCCACUUGUCUACGCCUGAUUGUGGAAGCAUCCCGGUCGGCAGGAGAUGACCUGAGCUCAUUGCAAGUCGCAUUGCAGAAUGCAUUCUCUGAAGACAACGUUUCCUGCUCCGUCCGGCGCCAAUUCAUCAGCACUGUUUUCUCAGGCUUCUCAUUGGAGAUUGACAAUCCACCGCAGGAUCUGCAAACUGUGAAAGAGCGCAUUGAGUCCGUUCCCGGCGUAAUUGCUGUAUGGUCGGCACCUACUUAUCGCCUGUCUUCCAUUUCUUCAUCACCUGCUGCUGCCGGCCGUGAGUCGGAGGGGCAUGCGGUCCCAGACCACAAUGAGACUAGCAGUCAUUCUAGCAUUCCCAUCCCAAUCGAGACUCUGCCACACAGCUUCACGGGUGUGCAGCAGCUUCACGAUGCUGGCAUCAAUGGCCAAGAAGUGCGAAUCGCCAUGAUUGACAGCGGCGUCGACUAUCUACAUCCGGCUUUUGGUGCUGGUCUUGGUCCCAACUACACUGUGACCUACGGUGUCAACCUCGCGAAUGUCACGGAAGAAGCGACUGCGGCGGCGAACAUGACCGGCGAUCCAUUUUCAGAGUGCACGUUUCACGGCACUCACACUACUGGCAUCGUUGCUGGGAAACAUCCCGCACUUGGCUUCGUUGGGGUGGCCCCCGGAGCACACAUUGAACAUUAUCGCAUCUCAGGAUGCGAUAAGAACAUGCACGUUGAUAUCGACGCUGUGAUCCAGGCCAUUCUCGCUGCUCAUGAACGGAACGUCGACGUUAUAUCCCUCUCUCUGGAGACUAAUGGCGGCCCUUAUCCGGACGAAGCGGUUUCGACUAUUCUCACUCGCAUCGCAGCCGAGGACAACAUUGUCAUCGUGGUCGCCAUGGGUAAUAAUGGCCGUCAAGGGCCAUUCUCCUCCGACUCUCCCGGUUCUGCGACUGGUGUGCUCGCCGUCGGUUCUGUCAACAAUCAUAUGGUGCUGCAAUCUCAACCUCGUGCCCAGUUCUCCACCUCCGGAGAGUCUCUCCCGCAUGACAUACCCUGGUCGCCAGGGACUCCAUCGCGAUUUCCAGAAUCUCUUGAGCUCGCUGCACUCUCGUCGAAUGAUUCCAUUGACGGGGAGGCAUGCCACAAUAUCUCGCAACAUGGCGCUUCUCUGCGGACCUCUGCCCUGCUCGUACGUCGCGGGGGAUGCACUUUCGAUCAAAAAAUGUCGCACGUGGUCGCAGCAACGCAGGUGCAGUAUGCGCUCAUCUAUGACAAUGAGCCAACAAGCGCCGAGAAGCCAAUCUUCGAAUUCGACAACGAGUUCCCGGGCAUUCGCGGUAUCGGCGGUGUCUCGGCAGACACUGGCAAAGAGCUUGUGGAUGCUUUGAGAUCUGGUCAUGAGGUCAGCAUCUCCAUGGAUUCCAACUUCACUUUGAUGCCGUACAUCGCAGCGCAGAACAACGAUCGUCCCAGAGGGGCCGUGUCUCCUGGUAGCUCUUGGGGACCCACAGGGCUGCUCGACAUCGCGCCGCACAUCAUGGCACCUGGGAAUGGAAUCUGGUCAACAGUUCCUCGAAGCUGGGGUGGUUAUUCAACCAAAAGCGGCACUUCUCAAGCGUGCCCUUACGUUUCAGGCUCAGUCGCUCUUCUGAAGCAAGCCCAUCCCGAACUCCGUGCUUCAGAGAUCCUGCGCCGUUUGAAACUUUCUGCAACACCAAUUAGGUUCAAUGACGGCACUGAAAAGGCAUACAAUGUCCUUGCUCCGGUAUGGCAACAAGGUCAUGGUCUGUUGAAUGUGUCUGCUGCAGCCGCUCUACAGACAGACGCUUUCCCGGUGUCUUUGCCUCUCAACGAUACCGAGCACUUUCGCAAGACAUCACAUAUCACGAUUCGAAAUAGCGGGGACUUCACGGCUAAGUACAACAUCACAUCAAUCUCUGCAGCCACUCUCGCCAUAUAUGGAAGAGGCAAUAGAAGCUCUAUCAUCCCUUGGCAUGUCGCCAAUGACACUGAGGGCCCGCGCACUUCCACCUUCGCGUCUCGUGGAUUCUUGGACAACAUUCUUCCGAUGCACGCUGCCAUCACCUUGCAACCUGAAACCAUUGAGAUCCCCCCGCACGAGUCUAGGAACAUAAGCGUCGUUGCAGACAUUACGGAAUUCCGGAGUUCACGUGAUCGUUGCCCGCUUUACAGUGGCUUCAUCAACAUCACAAGCUCUCGCGACGAAUCACUUAUUGUUUCGUAUGGCGGCCUUGCCUGCAAUCUCGAAGACGUUGCCCCUCUCCCUGAUCCCGGCACCUACUUGACCGCAGGGAACUACUCCACUAUUGAAGUCAUUGGCAACAACUUCAAGCCCGUUCACGCCGACACACUAUUCAAGCUGCCUACUGCCAAUACUUCGGUUCCAACACUAGCGUCGAAGACCAUCUAUCCUAUUCUCAACGUAGAGUUGGCCAUGUACAGCCCACGGAUCAAAGUCUACGUACUUCGUGAGGACGAUGCAACAGGAUCCAUGGAAAACACCGAGAUACAAGCUUAUCCAGCAGACGAAAGCACGUCACAGCCUGGUGGUAUGAGUCGAGCGGACUCGAAGCAUUAUCUUUGGCGCGGUCAGCUAGCAGAUGGAUCCUGGGCCGAACCCGGAAAAUACACCUUUGAAGUUUGCGCUGCUAGGGCGUGGAUGGCCAAGAUGGACUGCCAGAGAACACUGAGAUUCGAACUGCAAUAUCAGGAUUGAUUCGGUGGAUUUCUAUAUCGAUUUAUCGCAACCGAAAAUUGCACUUCAAGCAGACAAUCUCUAUACUCUCAUCUAGGUUACAUGACAAAUGGCCCCAAGAAAAAACCGAAUUGCCCCA